CUGUGCUGGUGAUUUUUUCCUCCUUAAUUGCUUUGAAUGGUAAGAUUCUGACUGCUUAUGAAAUCAACCAUCAAGUGUCUUUUUUCUUUUUUAGUAUCAGUGUAAAUUUCUUCUAAAUAAAUAAUGUCUUUUCUAAUUACAUGUAGGAGCUAUGAAGCUAUUUGGUCUGUAGAUGGCAGCAGUAAUAGCCUUUGAGGAAUUAAUUUACAGGUUCUUUCUGCCACAAGAAAGCCUUUGGUCUUCGUUUCCAGGACCUGACCACUAGGUGAUUUAAGUUUCAGUUUCCGUUAUGGCACGUAGCCUUUCACUUUUGCUGAUGGCAAACUUUCGAGACACACAGUGAAAGUAUGAGAAAUGUUCAGACCUUCCAAGCUGCUUGGAGCAGACUAUGGAUUUUACAGUGAAAACUUUGACUUGUCUGUGGCAGGUAUUAAGGUCCUCCAGAUCUUGUAUAAUAUAACGGUCCUCGUCUGUAUUGGCAAUACCUCCCAACUUUGUGUCAUCUGCAAAUUUUAUUAGCACACUCCCACGUUUUGUGCCAAGGUCAUGAAUGAAAAUGUUAAAUAAGAUUGAUCCCAAGACUGAUCCCUCAAGGGCAUUCCCUCUGCUGAAUAUCAAAGGAGCCAGCAACUAGGAAGAAUGACAUCUACCAGCGUAAUUAAAAAGAUGUUUACAUGUACGCUUUCUGGAAUGGACAUGUAGCAAUGGAAUUAGUUUAGUAUUCUAGCAAAGAACAUAAAACUUGAAGUCUCUUUAUUUUGAUUCAAUUUUCCAUACUGAAAAUAUACACUACAGCUUUGCUUUAUAGAAAACAUGCUGAGAAGGUUGUAUCACUAGAUGUAAGAGUGUAUUUAGAUAUGCUCUGACUUCUUCUCCUUCUUAUAUUAAGUGAUAACACAGUGACAAUAAUGAAAAACUAACUCAGAAUGAAAUUUACUAAGUGGAAUUUUACUAUGUCAGUUCUUGGAAUUGUAAUUUAUGUAGCUGAUAUUGCAGCAGAUAUCUGGGUCACUAGUAACUAUUUCUGUGAGGGACAAUAUUCUUUGGGUAUCUUGACACUGGUUUUUAGGUUGCUGUCAUCAAUAAUAGUACAGAUAUUUAGUUAUGAAUGGUUUAAAGACGACUGUGGAAGCCCUGAUCCUGGGAAGCUGAACUGGAUUUUUCUACUUCAUUUCUUGCAUGGUGGAAUUUUUACAAGGUAUUGGUUUGCAUUGAAAGAUGGCUACCAGGCUGCUUUUAAACAAAACAGCUCAGGAGAUCAACUUACUGGGGGCCCUGCCAGUAUCAUUCAUAAAUGCGCCAUUGAUGCAGUGACUGAUAUUAGUAUGCUCAGGGUAUUUAAGACUUUCCUGGAGACCACACCCCAGCUCAUUCUUCAGAUUUACAUCCUGAUGGAGCAUGACAAGGCUGCCUUCAGUCAGUACGCUUCCAUCAUCACAUCUUUCUGCAGCAUUUCCUGGUCAACUCUUGACUAUCAGAUAUCAUUACGAAAAUCUCUGCCUGAUAAUAAUCAAUUUUCUGGGGUGCCUCCUAAGUUAAUCUACCUCUUGUACAAACUGUUCACACUGACUUCUUGGAUACUGAGUAUUGCACUGGUCACCCAAUUAAAUAUCAUAAGUAGUAUAGUUCUGCUAAUAUUUCUUUGGACUUUGGGCUUCAGCUGGACUUUGAAGCAACACACUACGUUUUGCAAAUCUAAGAGGAUGGAAUUUUUAUUCAGGACUGUUGUUGGGAUCAUUCUUAUUUUUACAUUUUUUAAUGUCAAGGGGAAAAAAACAAAAACGUAUAUUUCUAGUUAUUAUGCCACUCAUAUGGUUGUAACUUUAGGCAUAAUGUGUGUGUGUUUGUUCUGGAAGACUUCAGUUACUGAGCAAUUAUAUUUUACAUUUGUGAGCAUCACAAUUGUUCUCACUCUGGGGUUAGGUAUUAUUUGUCUUUUUGUUUAUUAUAAAUUUUUCCAUCCCACUAUUUAUUUCAAACAAGAGAGUGCUUCAGAUAAAGUUGAUGGACUACCAAGAGAAAGAGAAGAAGAAAUCAGUAGAAUAAGAAAUUUCAUAAUGCCAUGAACAUUAUAGAAUUAUGUGAAUUUUUAAAUAUGUGCAAAUCAAAGCAAAUACUGCCUGGGGGACUGUUAGUUACUCUGUCUUUACUUUUCAUACUUGCAAUGAGCAUUUCAAGUAAAAUAAUUGCUAAUGGGAAUGGUAGUAGUUAUCAGCUCUGAAUAAUUAUUGGUUCUGCUGUACUACUCUACAAAGCAAAGACUUUAUAAAAUGAACUAAGCACUUCUGCAUAUUGGUGUUUUUCCAUCACUUGCAAAAUAAAUAAAAUACAAAAAUAGCCCCUGUAAAGGCAAAACAA